CAGCUGCUGGACCCGUGCGUGCCGGGCGCCGCGACGGCCGCCGACGUCGCCUCCGCCUCCGCUGACGCCAACGCCACGACGUGGUACGCGGAGGCGACGCUGCCCGCCGCCCCCGACGCGUCCGACGCCACCGUCACCGCCCGACACGCACCCUGCACGCACAACGCUUACGUCGCCGACUACUUGCCGUUCUGCGUGCUGCUGGUGAUGGUGCAGUGCGCCGUGCACCAGGUGCUGGUGACACCGGCCAAGCUGCUGGCUCUCGCCACCAUCUGCGCGUCCUUCCUGGCGCUGACGUCGCUGCUGCCGCCCGCGCCUGCCCCCGCCACGCCCUCGCCCGCGCCCACCGCCCCAGCGCGCGGGUCAGUCGCCUGCUUCCACAACACCUUCCUCUCACCCACACAACCAGCGGCCGCUAACUGCAGC